GCUGCGCGUGCGCUUAAACCAUUAUGCUAUCCACAUCCACAUUAGGCUCGUCCUGCCGCACCCAUUACGCCUUUUUCUAGGACUAGUUGCUCAUUUAUCUAUUGUCACUUUUGCUAUCUUGUCAGUUCGGCAUGCGGUGGUCACUCAUCUUUGACGGUGCUCAGCUCCUAUAAAAAGGUCUCCAAUCCCAUCCCAUUAGCAUCAUACAGAUAGCCCAAGCACGAACGAUCGAGCUCGUCCCAAACAAGUAGAGUAACUCGCCACUGAUCCUUGCAAAAGAGAAGCAACCAUGAAGCCCCAGGUGCUGCUCGUCGCGGUGGCCGCCCUCGCCGUCCUCGCAGCUCUGCCCCUCGCCGAAAGCAAAGGGCACGGGAUCGGGGAGCACGCGGAGGCCGCGACGGCGAGCGCGUGGCCGUGCUGCGACACCUGCGGCUCGUGCACCAGGUCCAUCCCGCCGCAGUGCCUGUGCGAGGACGAGGCGCCAGGCGGGUGCCACCCGGAGUGCAGGAACUGCGUCAAGUCCACCGACGGCGGCAGCGACGUCUUCCGCUGCGCCGACCGCAUCACCAACUUCUGCAAGCGCCGCUGCACGCCGGCCGCGUCCGCGUGAUUGGUUGGACGCCGGGAUCCUGCUCUGCUGUCACCUGAAUAAUACCAUGCCGGCAGCUGCCGAUCGAUUAGCUCCGGCCUGCCUUUGGUUUCAGUCUUCCAGUGUUCCCUCUGCAUCCUGCUCUGGAUGGGGAGAAGAGAUCAGUGGUGUUGUUUUUUUUUCUUUCUAAUGUCUGGUCUGGACUCAUGGAUUUCUUACUGUUUGUCGAAUAAAGACCCGUGUUCCACGCACAGACAUAGAUCUUGUGCAA